CUCAAACCCCUCACCCAGCCCCUCCCCUCCCAUAUGUGGAUGCACACGGACACAACAAUCUCCUGCGGGCUGGUAUGAGCAGGAGGUUGCUAGCAGGCAGAGAAUGCCGUGAAUGUUGAAGCGAUGGAUCUCCCAGAGGACGUGGAGACUCAUCGUCAUCAUAAUCACGGUGGUGGCGGCGCUCACAGCCAGCUCCACGUAGACCAGCGGAGCGUUGCCCUGCAAGGGCUUGGUGUGGUGGGGGGGGAGGAGGUGGAGGAGGUGGAGGAGGGACAGCAGCUGGAACGUGUCCCGUGGUGGCAUGAGUUGGACAAGGUGCUGGAGUGUGUCCCGUGUGAGGAGUUAGACACCAUGGAGUGUGUCCCGUGUGAUCAGUUAGACACGCUGGGGGAGUGUGUCCCGUGUGAUGAGUUAGACACGCUGGGGGAGUUUGUCCCGUGUGAUCAGCUAGACGAGUUGGGGCACGGAGGCUACUGGGAGCUCUCUCCCGUGGAGUCGAUUGGAGUCGAGGCUUUGCCGGGUUCCCGCGGAGGGGACCUCUGGGACGUCGCCUCCUCCACCACCGUGACCUCCUCCAGCGUGACCUCCUCCAGCGUGACCUCCUGCAGCAUGACCUCUUCCAGCGUGACCUCCUCCAGCGUGACCUCCAGCGUGACCUCCAGCGUGACCUCCAGCAUGACCUCCAGCAUGACCUCCUCCACCGUGACCUCCACCACCGUGACCUCCUCCAGCGUGACCUCCUCCAGCGUGACCUCCAGCAGCGUGACCUCCUCCAGCGUGACCUCCAGCGUGACCUCCAGCGUGACCUCCUCCAGCGUGACCUCCAGCGUGACCUCCAGCGUGACCUCCUCCAGCAUGACCUCCUCCAGCGCCACCUCAACUUCCACGGAGUCCAUCGCCGACGCGACCCACGGAGCAGGAGGAGGAGGAGGCUCCACCUCCUGGACAGAGGUGGAUCUCCUCAUCUUCUCGCUGCUGGGUGACGCCGGCGCUCCGGGCGACGUGGGCGGGGAGGGGUGGGACGCUGGGCGGGGCGCCCUCCCCCCCCACGUAUCGGAGGAUGAGGUCGGGGUCGGGGUCGGGGUGUGCGGCGCUCCGCCGGUCCGCCCCGGCGCUCCGAGCUCGGAGACUCUCGGCGGCGGCGGCGUCCGUCGGAUCGAGCGGAACCCACGCGGCGCGUUCCUUCCCGUCGUCCCGGCGGGGAGCGGCCGCUCGCGAUGGGACGGCACGGAGGCUCCCACCGCCUCCUCCUCCCGGCGCCGGCGGCUCUGGGAGGAGUCUGAGCCGCCCAAGGGGAUGAACCGGCGAGCCAGGAGCGUCUUCACUCGGUCUCAGCGCGCCCGCCUGGAGGAGGCCUUCCUGGGCGAGCCUUACCUGGACCCACGUGGACGCCUGCUGCUCGCGUUCGCCAUCAACAUUCCGCCGCAGAAGGUCAAGAUUUGGUUCCAAAACCGACGAGCCAAGUUGCAACGGCUGAGGCAGGAAGCGGCGUGGACGAUGUACGGCGUCGCCACGGAUACCGUCGCCACGGACACCGUCGUCACGGACGUCGUCGCCACGGACGUCGUUGCCACGGACUUCGUCGCCAUGGACACCGUCGCCACGGACACCGUCGCCACGGACGUCGUCGCCAUGGACACCGUCGCCACGGACACCGUCGCCACGGACGUCGUCGCCAUGGACACCGUCGCCACGGACGUCGUCGCCACGGACACCGUCGCCACGGACGUCGUCGCCACGGACGUCGUCGUCACGGACACCGUCGCCACGGACGUCGUCGCCACGGAUACCGUCGCCACGGACACCAUCACCACGGACGCCGUCACCACGUCUACCACCACCACCGUCACCACCACCACGGCCACCACCACCACGGCCACCACCACCACCGUCACCAGCACCACGGCCGCAAUGAGACGACAGCAGCAGCUGCAGCAGCAGCAGCAGCAGCUGUGGCAGCAGCAGCAGCUGUGGCAGCAGCAGCAGCAGGAGCUGCAGCAGCUGCAGCAGCAGCAGCUGCAGCAGCAGCAGGAGCUGCAGCAGCAGCGGCAGCAGCAGGAGCUGGUGGUGGUGGUGGAACGCGAGAUCCCCGCGCGCUCCGCCAACCCCUACGUGGGAAGCAGCACCGGCAAGGUCGACUCGGCCUCAAACGAGUGGUUCCCCACCGCCGGUUGGCGGGAACCCGCCGGUCACGACGCUCUCAAGCGCAGACGCUCGCACCGUCCGUGUGGUGGUGGUGGUGGUGGUGACGGUGGUGACGGUGGUGGUGACGGUGGUGACCACAACCGCGGCAGCUUCGGCUGCUGUUUCUACGAGGAGCCCGUCCUGAAACAGGCCCUGGUCUGUAACGACGUUGCCGCACGCGACCGCUCCUUCAACAUCGCCGCUGAAGUGAACCACUCGGUGCAGCACGGUGGCCACUACCACCACGGUGGUGGUGGUGGUUGUGGUGGUUGUGGUGGUGGUAGUUGGUAUGAUGGUUGUGGUGGUAGUUGGUAUGAUGGAGGUGGUGGUAGUUGGUAUGAUGGUGGUGGUGGUUGUGGUAGUGGUGGUGGUAGUUGGUAUGAUGGUGGUGGUGGUUGAGAUUGACUUUCCACAGUGAUUAAUAAUAAAACCUGUUACGAGUUCUACCUGCCUCGUGGUUUACAAUUGCAUUUACGUACGAAUAAGGCGCGCAGGUCCGGACAGUAACUACAACGUUUAUUCUCAUAUUUAUUUAUUAUUAAA